AUGUCUCCAACAGGACAAGGCAAAGAGGAAGUCAAGGUUGAUUACUUCUAUGGGGACAAGGCUAAGCUCAAGAUGUUUCUGGUGCAACUCAAGGCCAUCUUCAAGCUUUACCCAGCCAAGUAUCCAAACCCCUCAAGCCAAGUCUUGUUUGCGGCAUUGAACCUGAAAGGUGCAGCGUUCGCAUGGUUCGAACCAACCAUGACGGACUAUCUGGAAGCCAAUGAGUCAUCUAGUUUGGACCAGGAGACUCGAAUGAUCUUCCACAGCUUUGCCAAUUUUGAAAUCAAGAUCAAACAAGUCUUUGGGGUCGCCGAUGAAGAGGCAACGGCAGAAAGAAUGCUCCACGAUGUUAAGCAACGAGGAUCUACCGCUCAAUACUACGCCCUCUUCAAGCAACUUGCCAAAAGAGUCUCAUGGAACGAGGAUGCGCUGGCCGCAGCCUAUUACAGAGGACUUAGCGACCAGGUUAAAGACAGAAUGGAUGAGGUUCCAGACACCUAUAAAGAUAUGGUUGACAAGUCUAUUGAGAUCGACAACCGACUGUACGAGCGACGAAUGGAAAAGAAGGGAUGGUUCGGGAAACCCUAUAUGGGGGGAAGCGGAAGAGGCCGCACGAACUAUUCAUAUGGGGAUCCCAUGGAUCUGGAUGCCAUGGAACGAGGUCGGUCCUCACGGCCAAAAGGACAACGUUUCGGGGGAUUCAGAUCUAACGGGAACAAAGAGAGAGAAAAGCGCAAGAAGGAAAACCUGUGCUAUAAUUGUGGUAAAUCCGGCCACAGGGCAAAGGAAUGUCACGCCAAGGCCCAACAACUGCAUAUGAUGGAUGAUUCAGCCGGUAUAGAAGCGAAAAAGGCCGACACUUCUAUGAAAGAGAAAGACAGAGCAACGAAAGCGGAACCAACGUACGGCAACAUGCGUGAAAAACUCGCAAAACUAGGAAUAUCAGUUCCAGAAGAAAAUGCUAGCACCGCUAUGCUCACAGCACAGAAGGAUCAACCCAAGGCCCACCAGGCCAAGGAAGAAGAUCAAAAAAACCCACGUGACAGGGAUGACGACGCUACAGACAAGGCUGUAGGUGAUAUUCGUCAGGAAGCCAUCGAGCACGCUAAACUCUCUUGGACGGCAUGCCAUGAUGAUCAAUGCUCCACUCACUGUUCCGAUAAGGAAAUUAGUGGAUGGUUCCCUCAACGGAGAAAAAGCAAAUCAAAGAAGUCAUGGAAGCCGAUCUGGGAAGAGGAGACAGAGUCACUUUCAGUAUUAGAAGAUGAAUGGGUUCAGGUGGAAGAGAUUGGACCUAUUUGGUGCCCAACGCAAGAUGUGUCUGACGAGAAGAUGAAGAUCACCGAAGAGAAAGACGAAUGGGUAAGGAUCGAAACACGUUACCAUCAAUUCACGGCAUGCAACCCUCGAUACCAUGAUGGCGAAGGAAAUUGCGGAAUGAGUCAUCGGGUGUACGCUCCGGAAGACCCACCAAAGCCGUACGCGAUGCCACUGGUAUUGGAGAAAUGCACAAACAGCGAGUGUCGGUACAGGGGGAUAAAACAUACCCACGACGUUAACAGAGACGAACCUUGCACAUACCCAUUCGGGAGGAGAUCGAGAAUCUCAGAAGAGACGCGGCACUGGGACCGGAAAGACACAAUUGAACACGAGAAAAUUGUAACGGAAACGCCAACUUCGAUUAUAUUUGAAACGGAAAAUUGGGUUGAAGAAUGGACACCAUCAGGGGAACAUAUGAUACCUCACUACCGAUACGCCCCGAUGGAGCCAGACAAGGAAACGAAUCUGGUCACUGCGAGUAUGUGUGAAAAGGAGGAAUGCCCUGACGCGGGGGAACCUCACUCUCACGAUGUUCGAGGAAGAAACAAGAUACUCCACCCAUUCCGGGAAUUCUACGAAAAAGAAGAAUGGCAGUACGUGGAACAGCUUGAUGUGAUGGAGGAUGGUGAACCUGAAGAACGAAAAUUCAUUGUCAUCCGAACAACAAGAGCAGAACUCGUGAUCGUCACGAAUUAUUGGCAAACGGUUUGGUGCAAGCGACCAGAAUGCCCCUGCGAAGCGCAACACCAAAUCAAAACCUUGGACGCAGAACAACCACCGAGAAAUUCGAUUGAGGUAAUCAAUAUGCCGAUAUGCCGAGAUCAGAACUGCAGGUAUCGAGAAAAGAUACACAUCCACAAAGACAACCCAGAAAGAACAUUACUGGAUAUGGAGAUACCACCCGGAGUUCUCAGGAACGUAUGGGGAGUAACUCUCAACAUGAUGAUUGACGACAAAAUCCAGGUAAGCCUUAUUGUGGAUGGAAGAGCAAAGGAUGAUUAUGCUUUUGGGGAGUUUGAAUGCACAGAUACCCAGAAUACCCCACAUGGUCUAUUCGGGCAGAAGAAUACCAACGGAUGA